CUUUUCCAGAAGACCCGCGCAGCGAACGCCCCCUGGCCACGCUGAGCGAGCUCUGGGCCCUCCGCACGCCGGCUCUCCUCCUCUUCCUGUGCUGGUUAGCUAUGGCGGCCGUGAAGACCCUGAACCCCAAGGCCGAGGUGGCUCGAGCCCAGGCGGCGCUGGCGGUGAACAUCAGCGCGGCCCGGGGCCUGCAGGACGUGCUGAGGACCAACUUGGGGCCUAAGGGCACCAUGAAGAUGCUUGUUUCUGGUGCUGGAGACAUCAAGCUUACUAAAGAUGGCAAUGUGCUGCUUCAUGAAAUGCAAAUUCAACACCCAACAGCCUCCUUAAUAGCCAAAGUAGCAACAGCCCAAGAUGACAUAACUGGUGAUGGUACCACUUCCAAUGUUCUAAUCAUUGGAGAGCUACUGAAACAGGCGGAUCUCUACAUUUCUGAAGCUGUAGUGGACUCCAUUUUGGCCAUUAAAAAACAAGAUGAACCUAUUGACCUCUUCAUGGUUGAGAUCAUGGAGAUGAAACAUAAAUCUGAAACUGAUACAAGUUUAAUCAGAGGUCUUGUUUUGGACCAUGGGGCACGGCAUCCAGAUAUGAAAAAAAGAGUAGAAGAUGCAUACAUCCUCACAUGCAAUGUGUCAUUAGAAUAUGAGAAAACAGAAGUGAAUUCUGGCUUUUUUUACAAGAGUGCAGAAGAGAGAGAGAAACUUGUAAAAGCUGAAAGAAAAUUCAUUGAAGAUAGAGUUAAAAAGAUAAUAGAACUGAAAAAAAAAGUCUGUGGUGAUUCAGAUAAAGGAUUCGUUGUUAUUAAUCAAAAGGGAAUUGACCCCUUUUCCUUAGAUGCUCUUGCAAAAGAAGGUAUAGUAGCUCUCCGUAGAGCUAAAAGGAGAAAUAUGGAAAGGCUGACUCUUGCUUGCGGUGGAGUAGCUCUAAAUUCCUUUGAUGACCUAAAUCCUGAUUGUUUGGGAUAUGCAGGACUUGUCUAUGAAUAUACAUUGGGAGAAGAGAAAUUCACUUUUAUUGAGAAAUGUAACAAUCCUCGCUCUGUCACAUUAUUGAUCAAAGGACCAAAUAAGCACACACUCACUCAAAUCAAAGAUGCAAUAAGAGAUGGCUUGAGGGCUGUUAAAAAUGCUAUUGAUGAUGGCUGUGUGGUUCCGGGUGCAGGUGCAGUGGAAGUGGCAAUGGCAGAAGCCUUGAUUAAGUACAAGCCUAGUGUAAAGGGCAGGGCCCAACUGGGAGUUCAAGCGUUUGCUGAUGCAUUACUCAUUAUUCCCAAGGUACUUGCUCAGAACUCUGGUUUUGACCUUCAGGAAACACUAGUUAAAGUUAAAGCAGAACAUUCAGAAUCAGGUCAACUUGUGGGUGUGGACUUAAACACAGGUGAGCCAAUGGUAGCAGCCGAAGUAGGCAUAUGGGAUAACUAUUGUGUAAAGAAACAGCUUCUUCACUCCUGCACUGUGAUUGCCACCAACAUACUCCUGGUUGAUGAGAUCAUGAGAGCUGGAAUGUCUUCUCUAAAAGGUUGAAUUUGAAGCUUCCCU